AUGAGUUCUGGAAGUGAGAAGUUGGAUUAGGUUCAUUAACAUCAUUUGAUGGCUCCUUUGAAACCUUUCUUUCCUAAUUAGAAUAUGGAAGAUAAGAGAAUCAGAACUGCAGCAAGAGAAUUUCAUGAUUUUCUAAAGGAAGCAAUAGAUGAAGAACAUUAACAUUUAUUAAAUGCAGAUUAAUCUAUAAUAAAUGAAGAGAUAGUCAAGAUGUCAUUACCAGAAACUAAAGCUGAAAUUAAAGAAUUGAUUUAUGAAUUAAAACGAAUACAAAAUGAAGAAGAAUAGCUGUUAUUGCAUUUUAUUGGAUAAGCUAAAUAAUUAGAUAAUAAUGAUAAAACAACUCCAAAAAGAAUAAAAGAUUAUUUUGAAGGAUUUUAUUAUGAAGUAAUGAUAAGAAAUAAUGAAAAAAAGAAAUUAUAUGAAAAAGUUUUAUUAAGAGAAGAAUAAUUGUAAUUAUCAUAUAAAUAUCAAGGCAGAAGCAUUUAUCUUAAUUAGAAAUUAAUAUGAAUAAAAUUGAAAAGAAUUAUGAAUCUAUAAAAAAAUGGCAUGAAAUUAGAUCAUUAAGAUAAACUGGGUAUUUUAUUUUAAUCUAUUUUAAUAGGAGAUUUAAAAAUAGUACUAGUAAAAUAUAAAAAAUACAAAUUCCAAAUAAUGUUUCAGUUUAAGCAUUAAGUUAGGAUUUCUUAACAAAAAAUGUAAAUAUAUAAUAAUAAGAAUAAUAAUCUGUAUUACAUGAAGAUGUUAUGACUAAACCUAAUGCAAUUACUUCAGGAUAUAAUUUGGAAUAUAAACCUAUUCAAUAUAAAGAAUUAUAAUCAGAUUUAAAAGAAAUUGAAAUAGAUGAAACAAGUGUAUAUGAUUGGAUUGUUGAUAUAGAUUUAAUAACUACUAUUGCUAAAAAUGGUUGGAAAGUAUAUUUAUCAAAGAAAUUUGCAGAUGCAUAAGUCAAAUCAGAAUUAGAAGUACCUAAUUAUGGAUUUACUAAAUAAUAACAUAAAGCUUAAUGGGAAGGUGCAGCUGUUGCAGUUGUAGGUUUAUAUGAUAAAGGAAAAACUUUUGUACUCAAUAAUCUUACUUCUUCUAAUUUACCUUCAGGAAAGAAAGUAACUACAAAAGGUGUCUCAUUUAAACAUGUAAAUGUAGAUUCAGGUACAUAAUUAAUACUUGUUGAUACUGCAGGUAGUUAUUCACCUGUUAAAAUUACAAAUGAAUUAAGUAUUGUAGAAAAAGAAGCUACAGAAAUGUUCAUUACUGAUUUAGUUUUUGAAAUAUCAGAUUAUUUUAUUUGUGUAGUUAAUGAUUUUACUAGUCUUGAUUAAAGAUAUUUAGAUAGAUUGAGUAGAAAUCUUUAAAAUUCUCCAAAUAAAACAUUUAGAGAAAUUAUUGUUAUACAUAAUCUGAAAGAAGUAGAAUCACCUGAAAUCUUAGAACAUGUUUGGAGUACUCAAGUUACUUAAAUCUAUUCAAAUGGAUCUAUUUAAAGAACUAAAGUAGCAUCUAUUAAUCCAAUCAAUAAUUAAUUAUAAGAAAAACAUGUUUUAUGGUUCAAAACUGAAUUUACUAGACAUGUUUGUUUAGUUAAUGAUGAUUCAUAUUUAGGAAUGUCAAUUAAUCCUUGGGUUUUUUCAUUAUUAAGAUAUUGGUUAAAGGCAGUAUUUGUUCCUGUUAAUAGAUAAUUCUCUGUUGUAGAUAGUAUCAUUUAAUUUAGUAAGGUAUUUAGUUAUUCAUUUAAUUCAUUUAGACUAAAUUAUCAUCUUAUUUCAGAACUAUACUUACACUACAGAUUUAAGAUACUGAUGACUUUUUAGUUAAAACUAUUGUUACUUAAUAAGAAGUAUAAGAUAGUAAUGUCAGAAUACCUUAAGUCUCUAUUGAUUCAAGUGGUUUAAUAAUGACAAGACCUGAUAGUUUCUUACCUAAUACUGACAUUAUUGCUACUGAUUAAUAUAUUAUUUAUAUGGAUGUACCUGGAUUAACNUAUAAAAAAUACAAAUUCCAAAUAAUGUUUCAGUUUAAGCAUUAAGUUAGGAUUUCUUAACAAAAAAUGUAAAUAUAUAAUAAUAAGAAUAAUAAUCUGUAUUACAUGAAGAUGUUAUGACUAAACCUAAUGCAAUUACUUCAGGAUAUAAUUUGGAAUAUAAACCUAUUCAAUAUAAAGAAUUAUAAUCAGAUUUAAAAGAAAUUGAAAUAGAUGAAACAAGUGUAUAUGAUUGGAUUGUUGAUAUAGAUUUAAUUACUACUAUUGCUAAAAAUGGUUGGAAAGUAUUUUUAUCAAAGAAAUUUGCAGAUUCAUAAGUCAAAUCAGAAUUAGAAGUACCUAAUUAUGGAUUUACUAAAUAAUAACAUAAAGCUUAAUGGGAAGGUGCAGCUGUUGCAGUUGUAGGUUUAUAUGAUAAAGGAAAAACUUUUGUACUCAAUAAUCUUACUUCUUCUAAUUUACCUUCAGGAAAGAAAGUAACUACAAAAGGUGUCUCAUUUAAACAUGUAAAUGUAGAUUCAGGUACAUAAUUAAUACUUGUUGAUACUGCAGGUAGUUAUUCACCUGUUAAAAUUACAAAUGAAUUAAGUAUAGUAGAAAAAGAAGCUACAGAAAUGUUCAUUACUGAUUUAGUUUUUGAAAUAUCAGAUUAUUUUAUUUGUGUAGUUAAUGAUUUUACUAGUCUUGAUUAAAGAUAUUUAGAUAGAUUGAGUAGAAAUCUUUAAAAUUCUCCAAAUAAAACAUUUAGAGAAAUUAUUGUUAUACAUAAUCUGAAAGAAGUAGAAUCACCUGAAAUCUUAGAACAUGUUUGGAGUACUCAAGUUACUUAAAUCUAUUCAAAUGGAUCUAUUUAAAGAACUAAAGUAGCAUCUAUUAAUCCAAUCAAUAAUUAAUUAUAAGAAAAACAUGUUUUAUGGUUCAAAACUGAAUUUACUAGACAUGUUUGUUUAGUUAAUGAUGAUUCAUAUUUAGGAAUGUCAAUUAAUCCUUGGGUUUUUUCAUUAUUAAGAUAUUGGUUAAAAGCAGUAUUUGUUCCUGUUAAUAGAUAAUUCUCUGUUGUAGAUAGUAUCAUUUAAUUUAGUAAGGUAUUUAGUUAUUCAUUCAUUUCAUUUAGACUAAAUUAUCAUCUUAUUUCAGAACUAUACUUACACUUUAGAUUUAAGAUACUGAUGACUUUUUAGUUAAAACUAUUGUUACUUAAUAAGAAGUAUAAGAUAGUAAUGUCAGAAUACCUUAAGUCUCUAUUGAUUCAAGUGGUUUAAUAAUGACAAGACCUGAUAGUUUCUUACCUAAUACUGACAUUAUUGCUACUGAUUAAUAUAUUAUUUAUAUGGAUGUGCCUGGAUUAACCAAAAAUGAAAUUCUUGUGUAUCGUUAAAAUGUUGUAACUAUUAUUAAAGGAAUACGUAAAAGACCUUAUGAAGUAUUUUAAUUUAUUAAUUAUUAUAAAGUCUGAAAAACUAGAACGUAGUGAACGUAAAUAUGGUGAAUUUGCAUUGUCAUUCAAAAUUCCAGAAAUUUAUGAAAGGAAAUGGAGUACAUUUACAGUUGAAAAUGGAGUAUUGACAAUUGUUUAUGAAAAAGAUAAAGAUGAUUAAAUUGUCAGAUAAAAGAAACAAGAAUGA